GCAGGAGCGUGUAGAGUGAGCGAGCGAGCGAGCGCAGGAGCUUGUUAAGGGUGCAACAUGGGCGCGAGGCGGUUUCUGCUUGGAAUGGUAAGCUGCACGCUCUUCCUUGCUGUCAACGGCUUAUAUUCUCCCAGCGACGAUGUUAUAGAGCUCACACCUGUAAACUUCCACAACGAGGUCAUCCACAGUGACAGUUUGUGGUUCGUAGAGUUCUAUGCACCAUGGUGUGGCCACUGCCAAAGACUGGCACCUGAAUGGAAGAAAGCUGCCACAGCACUGAAAGGUGUUGUGAAAGUUGGGGCGGUGGAUGCAGAUAAACAUAAUUCCCUAGGCGGUCAGUAUGGUGUCAGAGGAUUCCCCACUAUCAAGAUAUUUGGUGCCAACAAGAACAGACCAGAAGAUUACCAAGGGGCUAGGACAAGCGAUGCUAUCGUUGAUGCUGCUUUAAGCGCCAUCCGGUCAAUGGUGAAAGAUCGUCUUAGUGGCAGAGGAGGUGGAUAUAACUACGGAAAACAGAGCAGCCGGGAAAGUGGUGGCUCGGGCAAAAAGGAUGUGAUUGACCUGACGGACGACACCUUCGAUAAGAACGUAUUGAACAGCGAAGAUGUCUGGCUGGUAGAGUUUUACGCUCCUUGGUGCGGGCAUUGCAAAAAUUUAGAGCCAGAAUGGGCGGCAGCCGCAACAGAAGUGAAGGAGCAGACAAAGGGAAAAGUGAAAUUGGCUGCUGUGGAUGCUACAGUGAACCAGGUGUUAGCAAGCCGAUACGGGAUCCGUGGGUUCCCGACCAUAAAGGUCUUCCAGAAGGGAGAAGAGCCCGUCGAUUACGAAGGUGGAAGGACAAAAUCGGAUAUUGUUGCUCGCGCUCUAGACCUGUUCUCAGAUAAUGCUCCACCACCUGAACUCCUAGAGAUUAUCAGUGAAGAUGUUCUGAAACAAACUUGCGAUGCUCACCAGCUGUGCAUCAUUUCCGUCUUGCCCCAUAUCCUUGACACAGGAGCCGCAGGUAGAAACUCCUACCUAGAAGUAAUGCUGAAAUUGGCAGAUAAAUACAAAAAGAAGAUGUGGGGGUGGCUGUGGACAGAAGCUGGAGCUCAGUCUGAUCUUGAAAACUCCUUUGGAAUUGGAGGGUUUGGCUACCCAGCCAUGGCAGCCGUUAACGCUCGGAAGAUGAAAUUCGCACUGCUGAAAGGAUCUUUCAGUGAGCAAGGAAUUAACGAGUUCCUGAGGGAACUCUCCGUUGGUCGAGGGUCCACGGCACCUGUAGGUGGAGGGGCUUUUCCAAAAGUUAACACAGUAGAGCCAUGGGACGGCAAAGAUGGCGAGCUGCCAAUCGAAGAGGAUAUCGAUCUCAGUGAUGUAGAUCUCGAUGACUGGGAUACCCAGAAAGACGAAUUGUGAGAGCAGGAAGACACUUUGUUUCUUGAGAGACUUUGAGCAGUAGUUUGACGGAACAUCUCUUUGCAUCCCACGGAUACUCCAGUGGCCUUUUCACCGAGAGAGAAGCCCCCUCGGCCGGCUACCGUAAGCACUGUUGCAAGUGAACUGUGUUGCCUCUCAAGAAAGCCCAUCUUUAAAAUUCUGUGAAUUAAUUUUUUUUUUGUAUCGAGUAAAAUUGAUUGUAUGCGGGGCGACGCUGAUCUUUCAUUGAAAUACUCCUGUUUUAGCUUUUCUCCAGCUGGUAUGUGGUUGGCCGUGACUCAAGACUUCAACUAGUUUUAAAAUGUGAUCUAAUUCUCUCCCCCUCCCCCUUAAAAUGUGAUCUAAUUCUCUCCCCCUCCCCCUCAAAAAUCUAGGUUAUGCCAGCGCCUUCGUUUCAAUGAAAGAAUAAAACAAAUAUUUUUGACACACAGUGUUGUACGUCAGUGUUGUACGUUGUAUGCAGCACUGUCUUUUGAUAAGCAGCACAGUGUUUCCGGUGUCAUUACACGGUAAGCGCUUAACAGCACCAGAGGAGCUAUUUUACUUAGAAGAGGAUACUUGAGUUUCAUCUCACUUUUUUGGAGCCUUACAGGUUUACAGAAGCACCAUAUUGCUUGAAGGUGUCCUGGGGUGUGUGUGUGGAAUGUCUGUUGGCAGGCAUAACUCUUAAAUGGAUGUUAUUUGGAGUUGGAAUCUUCUAGGAGUAAGGUUGCAUUGAUGCUGGUGAUACGGAAAAGGGGCUGAUCUACAGUGACUGCUUAACGGUUAUUUCACAGGAAGAAAAGGUUUCCUAAUACAGCAUUCCUAUUGUCUGAUACAGAACCAGGUAAUCCAGGUUGUUUUGAUGUACAGUGUUUGGCAUUUUUUUUCCUCUCUGAGGGCUUGUGGAAAGGAAUCUAGGUUUCCAGUAUUAAACAAAUGUUUCCUGCCACAAGAAGUACAGAACUUCCUGGUAAGAAAUACUUGACGGUCUUUCUAUAGAGAGCCCUCUCUUUUGAGUAUCAUGUCUGCCAAUUACCCUUUGAGAAGUUUAUUAAUGUCAAUAUUGCCACUUUUAAAUUCUGUACAGACUUGAGGUUGCUAUGGUAUGUGUUACAAAUUUACUUCGACUUGGGGAUUAAUCUUGAACUUGGUUUCAAGAGGGGACACAUAUACUCCGCCCUUGUCAGAGAAACUACUUCCACCAAACUCUCAAAAUGGAUUAGAUUUUCCAGCACUGUAUUUUAUUAAUCUAUUGCCAGCCAAGUUUCUCCUUUUCACCACACAUUAGAUUAGUGGAGGGAUUAAGUAUCUUAUUUAUUGCAAGUCCUACACUGAAACAGCUCACCCAUCCCCAAAAUUAAAUUCUAAAUUAAGAAUCUGAUCUACCGAUUAACUUUCAUGCAAGAGUUUGUACCUUUGUUGACUGAUUCCAACUGUUACAGAUUUAGGAGUACUUUUAUCAUCUUAACCAUCAGAUACUGCUUCAUUUUUAUUUAAUUUACAAAAAAAGAAGAAUAAAUACAACUGUAACACAACUGCCUUGUGAAGCAUGUUUUCUAACAUGAUCAGAAGAGGCUCCAGAAUCUUAAUACUUUCAAAAUGGAAGAGGGCAGAAUUACUGUAUUUGUAAAAGCAGGCAAAACCUGGGAACUACAAAUGAACACUUGCUUACAGUUAUUUAAUCCUCCUGCAUGAGAAAAGGCACCUGUCGCACGGUCCCCUCAGAACUUGGGUUCUUAAAAAAGCAGCUUGGAGCCGGAGGUGCUUGCCACAUCAGUUUCAUUGUUCGUGAACAACCGAAUCCUAGAGGACAAAUGAUGCUUCCAAUUCAGGCAAUUAUUAGCUGCACUCAAGAAUACUGAGGUCAAUCUUGAAACAGACAUAAGGAUAGUAGUCUUGAUUGCCUAGUUGCAAGCCAGGAAUGUCCAUAGAAGUCUGGGG